AAAUUUUAAUAUUGAGGGAAGGAGAGAGGGGAGAGAGAGAGAGAGAGAGAGAGAGGUGUAUAGGAAGCACAUCACAUGGCUUCGUUGCCGCUGGGACCUCACCAUCCUCCAGACAACCAUCACCAUGACCUGUUGAAGCUCGCGCCUCCCCGUCCGCCGGAAAUGGACUCCGAUAAGGAAAUGACACCUGCUGUAAUUGAGGGAAAUGAUCAAGUCACUGGUCACAUUAUUUCCACUACAAUUGGUGGAAAAAAUGGCGAGCCUAAACGGACCAUUAGUUACAUGGCUGAGCGUGUAGUGGGUACUGGAUCAUUUGGAAUUGUUUUUCAGGCAAAAUGCUUGGAAACUGGAGAAACUAUGGCCAUAAAAAAGGUCUUGCAGGACAGGCGGUACAAAAAUCGUGAGCUGCAGUUAAUGCGUUUGAUGGAUCACCCAAAUGUGGUUUCUUUGAAGCACUGUUUCUUUUCUACAACAAGUAAAGACGAGCUUUUCUUGAAUUUGGUCAUGGAAUAUGUCCCUGAGACUAUGUACCGCGUUCUGAAGCAUUACAGCAAUGCAAAUCAGAGGAUGCCGCUCAUCUAUGUCAAACUUUAUACAUAUCAGAUAUUUAGGGGGCUGGCUUAUAUUCAUACUGUUCCUGGGGUUUGCCAUAGGGACGUGAAGCCUCAAAAUCUUCUGGUUGAUCCUCUCACCCAUCAGGUUAAGCUUUGUGACUUCGGAAGUGCAAAAGUUCUGGUCAGGGGUGAAGCAAACAUAUCAUACAUAUGUUCUCGUUACUAUCGUGCUCCAGAACUCAUAUUUGGUGCAACAGAAUACACAACAUCAAUUGAUAUUUGGUCAGCAGGUUGUGUCCUUUCCGAGCUUCUUCUGGGGCAGCCCUUGUUUCCUGGAGAAAAUGCAGUGGACCAACUUGUAGAGAUUAUCAAGGUCCUUGGUACUCCAACUCGAGAAGAAAUUCGAUGCAUGAAUCCGAAUUAUACAGAUUUUAGGUUUCCUCAGAUUAAAGCUCAUCCUUGGCACAAGGUUUUCCACAAACGAAUGCCUCCUGAAGCAAUUGAUCUGGCUUCACGGCUCCUUCAAUACUCACCAAGUCUUCGUUGCACUGCUUUGGAAGCAUGUGCUCAUCCAUUCUUUGAUGAGCUUAGGGAGCCUAAUCCCCGGCUUCCAAAUGGUCGUCCUUUGCCCCUGCUUUUCAACUUUAAACAGGAAUUAGCUGGAGCUUCACCUGAGUUGAUCAAUAGGCUGAUACCAGAGCACAUCCGACGGCAAAGUGGUCUCAGCUUCCCCCACCCGGCUGGGACAUAAACAGAUCAAUCUAAGGUAGAAUCAACUCUUCUGCCAGUUGAUGGAUGUGAAUUAUAAGGGAGCUUCUGGGGGUUAUUAUCAGCAAGGGUUUUGGCCUAACCUACAUUUUCCUUGUCCAACAAUGAUGUAUUUUGGCUUGACCAGGAAUUUGGCUAUUCUGUCUACUAUGCCAUCCUAGAUAAAAGAACCUCUUCCAAGCUUCUGUACAUUGUUUUGAUCGUCGUAAAGAUUUGAGAAAGGUAGGAGGUACAAAAUGGUAAUGCUCUUUUUAUGUCUUAGCUAGGCAGUUUGUCUGAAGAAACAUCAGAAGAAGCAUCAAGGGCUCUUCUUAGUCUUGCUUGUUUAUACUUAGCUGGGGAUUAUUUCCUUCUCCUCAUGUGAUAUCUAUGUAGUGGCUUGUUUUUGGUUAUUACUGCCUUUUGAAUGUGCUCCAGACAUUUCCAUUUCAAUGAUGUGCUAUUUUAAUA